AUGAGUGGUAAGAAUGUAACUACAUCUGACAAACCCACUAAGCGUACUGUCUUAAGUUCUAUCAGCAGAAUGUUUGAUCCGUUGGGUUUCACUGGUCCUAUUGUUGUUUGUGCCAAGCUAAUACUGCAGCAGAUUUGGCGUUGCAACCUGGAGUGGGACACUCCACUACCUGCGGACCAGGUUAAAAGCUGAAGGAGCUAAGCAGCUCAUGGGCUCUCUGCCCAAGGACAGAGUAAAUCCUGCCAGGGUCUUUGAGAAGGUGGGCCUGGACUAUUGCGGCCCAUUUGAAGUGAAGCAAUCAACAGUAAGGCGAAGCAUAGUGUCUAAAGGCUAUGUUCUUGUGAUUGUUUGUUUCACAACAAAGGCUGUACACUUAGAAGUUGUGUCAGACAUGACCACUGAGGCCUUCCUCGCAGCCCUUAAACGCUUCAUAGCUCGCAGAGGCUUACCUUCAGAUAUCUAUUCAGAUAAUGCAAAAACAUUCAAAGGUGCUCAUAAUAAGCUUAAUGACCUAUAUAAACUUGCAAAUAGUAGUGAUUUUCAAAAUUCAGUAAGUAACUUCACUGCCAAUAAAGGCAUUCAAUUCCAUUUCAUACCUGACUACAGUCCCAACCAUGGUGGCUUGUGGGAAGCUGCGGUAAAGUCAGCAAAAUAUCAUAUGAAGCGUAUUGUUGGAUUAAAAACUUAUACUUACGAGCAGCUUUCCACCAUAUUUACAGAGAUUGAGGCCGUUCUCAAUUCUCGGCCCAUCACCCCCAUGUCUCAGGAUCCUUCAGAUUUUUCCUGCCUAACACCAGGCCAUUUUAUAAUAGGUUGUCCUCUUACAUCGUACCCAUGUCCAGAUCUCACUGAGAUCCCUAUUAACAGACUUAAGUUUUGGCGGUCCUGUGAGCAAGCUCGACAGCAUUUUUGGCGGGCCUGGUCGCAUGACUACUUGUCAAGUCUUCAUCAGAGGCACAAAUGGCAAUAUGAGGUAAAUAACAUUAAAGAAAACAUGGUAGUUAUGCUAAAACACCCAUCCACCCCGCCUCUUCAAUGGCCUCUUGGCAGGAUUUCUAAGGUUUAUAUUGGUGAUGACAACAAAGUACGUACAGUACAAAUUGUAACUGCUGAUCAUAAAUAUCACACUAGGGCUGUGUCAAAGAUUGUUAUUCUGCCUACAGAAAACUAACAUGAUGUACUUAAACUAGUACGCUAAUUAAUUUUAAGUUUAGUUUAAGUUUGCUCGUAGUACUUCAUUUAUGAUGUGUAGUUUCAAGCUUGCUUGACUACGAUGCCAAGAGUAUUAUGUACCUAUGUUAUUUAGUGGUUUCACUACCCACCUGGUGUUCAUACAUCUUCUCUUAACUUAUGUAAAGCAUAUAUACAAUGUGAAACAUAAGUGUUCAUACACCUAUUCUUUGCUUGUAUAAAGUUAGUUAUGUAUCCAUAUACAUGUCAAUAAUUAUUACCUAUCUCAAACUAGUACUAUAUGAUUAACUUUUCUGACAUUGUUGCUGUCACUUUACCUUUUAUAACUUACCUAUACCUAUUUUAGUAUUCAUAGGUCAAUUAGACAAUUAGUAACCUAUUUCAAGUUGGCACUAUCUCAUUUUACAUUAUAUAACUAGUGUUUAGGUUGUGAUACGAACUGAUAUAAAUUUUACUUGUAUAACUUUAAACUGUUAUUAAUUCAUAGUACAAAGUGAUAAUUUUGCAUUUUUACUAUUAUAAGGAUAGUUGUUUUCUAUUUUUAAGUUGGCAUAAAAUAUUAAGUUAGCCAUCUAUAGUGUAAAGGGUUCAUGCCCGCCCCAAUUGUGUUAGAUACACACAUAAUUUUACUGUGGCAACACACUUUCUCUUUGAUCUUCA